UAGGCGGCGCGGGCUCGGCCGCUGCUUUGAGGAAAGGCCCUAGGGUGGGGCUGCGUAGCUUAGCCGCGAAGUUAAGGAGAACUCGGAGGCGGGGCCUGCAGGAGAGUCUGUCUUUCCCAGAACGUGAUCAGUCUAAAAGAACCACCAAUGCAGGAAUCCUUUCUUUAGUUUCCUCCAUAAAUUAUCUACUUGUCUGGGACACUUUCAAGGAUGGAAAAGACUUAAAACCUUUACUUUGCCAUUCAUACCCAACUUCCUGUGAAGCUCCACUUGGGGGACGAUUUCUUUGAUUUUAUUAGAGGUUGAGCUGGGUUGGGGCUGGAUUGCAUCUUUACUUAGUUGCACUUCAAGUCUAUGACACAGUGAUAUGGAUUCAGCUUCAUAGUCACUUGGCAUCUACAUAUUGGUUUGUGCCCUGUCACGACCAGAUCAAGGAGAAAGAUUAAACACUUUAAGAUGAAAAAAAUUGACCUGUGUUUGAGCUCUGAGGGGGCGGAAGUGAUUUUAGCUACCUCAAGUGAUGAAAAACACCCUCCUGAAAAUAUGAUUGAUGGGAAUCCAGAUACAUUUUGGACCACAACAGGAAUGUUUCCCCAAGAGUUCAUUAUUUGUUUUCACAAACGUGUAAGGAUUGAAAGACUUGUAAUCCAAAGUUACUUUGUGAGGACGUUGAGGAUUGAAAAGAGCACCUCUAAAGAGCCAGUUGAUUUUGAGCCAUGGAUUGAAAGAGAUCUAGUCCACACAGAGGGGCAGCUUCAAAAUGAAGAAAUUAUGGUUUCCGUUCCGGAAGGCCUGGGCCUCCUUGAAGACCAAGCCCAAAUGCCCCCACUACGACAGGCUUUCCCAGACCCACCCAGCUCCGAGGAAUUGCUCUCUCCUCUAUACUCCCAGGCAACGGCCCCUGGACCAAAUGAGGCACUUCCAGCAUAUGGUAUUUUUGCUGAUCAGAUCACACUAGGCUAUAAUUAAAGCUGAAACAGGCUGACACAAAUUGGAAAAGAAAAUGUAAAGAUCACACUGAAGCCAUCCCAAAUAGCCUGAGAUGUUUUAAUCAUUCUGUAUUAGCUUUACUGCAUCUUAAAACAUUUUCGUUCAAGUCAA